AUGUUUGUAAAAUUUGUCUGCUACUUAACACUACUAUUUUCUCAUUGUAUUUUUUGUAAACUUAUAUGUAAUGGCUAUUCUGAUUAUAUAAUUAAUCAAGUUAAUCAUACUGAUAUUUAUGGCACCAGGGAAUGUGAUACAGAAAAUUGUAUUUAUUUUAAUGGUAUUAUUGUUAAUAUUCAUUUGGAUAGGUUAACUAACAAGUAUACUAAUAAUACAUAUCAUGGAAACUUUGUUGGAUGUUUUGAUGAAUUUGUAAAUUUUUUAAAUAUUCAUAAUUUUAUGAAAUGGCCUGAAGUAUCUUAUGAUUUAAAAACUUGUAAUGAUAGUAAAAAUGGUUUCAAUUUUAGAUUUGAUGAUAGGGUAGAUGAAUAUUAUGGUGCAUUUAAUUUAAAAUGUACAAAAAAUGGAGAUUAUCAAAAAACUGAUUUCGAAAAAAUUCCUAAAACACAUAAAUAUGAUGAUUAUUUAGAUGAUAUUUAUAUUCAUGAUGUUUUGGAUAAAAAUUCUCUAACUUCUGAAACAUUUUCUGAUAAUACAACAUCCUUAAUUGAUAUUCUAGAUUCAAUAGAAAUACAAAUUAAUGAUAUUAAAGAACAUUUAUCUAAUGAAUCAUCUUCGUUUGUCCAUGAUAUAAAUUCUCAUAACUUUGAAAAUGCACAUAUUCUACCAUCUGAUGAUCCAAUGGAACAUGAACUAAAUGGCUAUGUUUUCUAUGUCUCUUGGAGAGUACAUGAUUUAGCUGAAGCUCUGGUUGGUGAUAUAACACCUUAUUGUGGAGUCUCAGAUCAAGAUAAAUUUACCUUGGAGAAAGAAGGUUUUGAAAAAAUUAUUCAAUAUCUUCCACAAAAGACUGGAGAAGAAUGGUUUAAUUAUUGGAUGGAAUAUGAAAAACAAGAAACAGCUGAGGCAAGAUGUGUUAAGCAAUUGGAUAAAUAUGAUAUGAUAGCCCAAGCAUUUCAUUAUGAAAAUAAAUACAAUAUAGAUCUUUCAGAUUUUUUUAACAGUACAGAAAAAUCAUUUUCUGAAGUUCCAUUUACAGAAUGGAACAAAGUUUUAAGAGAGAAAAGAAAUGAAAUCAGGAAAGGAAAAAAAUGA